UUACGAAUCGAAGAAUCCAAAAGAAGAAGAAAAUGAGAAGAUUACAAAACUUUGUAUGAUUUAGGAAGAAGAGAGAAAAAAAAACCCAACGUAUGUAUGUAUAUAUAGUAAAAAUUUAUAUACAGAAUUACAAAAAAAUCAUGGAUUAUCGAGUUCUUUCAUCUGUAUCAAAAUCAAUAGCACCUUUCUCUCUCCUUUUAUUGUUGUACAUUUUUCCGGCGGCUGAGACGACGGCGGCGAACACGACGUAUAAGGCGUUUAAUCUAUCGACGAUUACUUUCGAAGAAGGAUAUUCCCCUCUUUUUAGUGAUUUCAAUAUUGAACGAUCUCCUGAUGAUCGAAGUUUUCGUCUCCUCCUUAAUAAAUUCUCAGGAUCGGGUGUAAUUUCAACAGAAUAUUACAACUAUGGAUUUUUUAGUGCUAGUAUAAAGUUGCCGGCCAUAUAUACUGCCGGCAUCGUUGUCGCAUUUUAUACAUCAAAUGCGGACACAUUUGAGAAGAAUCAUGACGAGUUAGAUAUUGAGUUUUUGGGGAAUGUGAAUGGUCAGCCAUGGAGGUUUCAGACUAACAUGUAUGGAAAUGGCAGUGUUAGCCGUGGUAGAGAAGAGAGGUAUAGAAUGUGGUUUGAUCCAAGCAAGGACUUUCAUCAAUACAGCAUUCUUUGGACACCAAAACAUAUCAUAUUUUACAUUGAUGAAACACCACUUAGAGAAAUAAAUCGCCAUCCAGCAAUGGGAGGUGACUUUCCAUCAAAACCAAUGUCUUUAUAUGCCACAAUUUGGGAUGCAUCUUCUUGGGCUACAAAUGGUGGCAAAGCUAAAGUGGACUAUAAAUUUGAACCUUUUGCAACAGAGCUUAAAGACUUAGUUCUUGAAGGAUGCAUAGUAGAUCCCACUGAGCAAAUUCCGUCAACAAAUUGCACUGACAGGAGUGCUAAAUUACUUGCUCAAGAUUACUCUAACAUCACGACAGAAAGGCGAAAAUCCAUGAAAUUUUUUAGAGAAAGAUACAUGUACUAUUCUUAUUGUUAUGAUAACCUUAGGUACCCUGUGCCACCACCAGAAUGUGUGAUUGUUCAGUCUGAAAGAGACUUGUUUAGGGAUAGUGGAAGGCUUAGGCAGAAGAAGAAGUUUGGUGGGAGUGACAGCCAUAGUCAAAGCCACCGGAAACACCGCCCUGGACGGAGCUCUAGGCGGCGGAAUAAGGUGGCUGGUGGUGCAUCAAAAUCUGGCCGACGAGGUUCUGCUGCUGCUGCAAUGUGAUAAGUUGUCUAAUUAAGGUAUACAAGGUGAAUAUUAUGGUUUGUAAAAAAUAUAUUACACUCCUAUAGUUGGUGAUGUACCAAAGAGAUUAGUAUGCAUACACAUUAGUGGUAUAAAUAUCAAUGUGGUGGCUGGGUGAAGAGUAAAAACCAUAUCCAUUAAUUUUUAUGAGCAAUGGUUUUCUUGGUUUCUUCACUAUGUAUAUUGGCACUUCAUAUUCAUCCAAGCGAUGUUAUGAUGAAUGGUUGCAUGGUUUUGGCAGCUAUUUGUCACUUUCACCCCGAGCUGUAGAACUAAUGAGUCUGAUCAAUACAGUCCAGUCAUUUUUCCUA